UGGGAUGGAUCCCAUCAGCACCCUAGGGACUUAGCUGUUGCUCCAUUUGGAGCACCAAAUCUCUACCACAUUCAGUCAGUUGGGAGCUCAUACCUGGAUAUAUUGCUACCAAUCAAAAAAGCAGGUGCUUUCCUUGCAGUGAUGUCUGCAGAGUGAUCACCUGCUGGAUAUUGCCUUUGGAGAAACUGAAUUAGAGAAAAUGCAUUUUUAUUUUUCUGAUGCAUGGCCUGAAUGACUGAAGGUUUCUGUACCAUUUUUAAAGGAAGCAUUCAGCACUGCAGGUUCUCCUCCAAACAUGACAACGUUCCAAUAAGCACAAUAAGCCCUAGUUGACUCCCUUAGAAGAACACACUGCUGUAUUUCAUCAGAUGUCUCCAGACCCAUUUCUUAAACAUGAACACAAAGUGUGACUUAUGGCUCCUAAAGGCUGCAGCACAGCGGGCGACAGGCGAAGAACGGCUCCCUCUGGGGGCGGAGGCUCUGCUGCCCCGCCGCGACGAGCGCUUCCAGGCGUCCUUCGGCUGCUCGGCGGGGCGGGGCGGACCUUCCCAGGAACCCCAGCAGCGGCACGCAAGGCCUGUCCCACCGAGUAGCCCGGAUACCACCCCCCCCUCCGCUGCAACCCUGAGGCUCAACUCGUCCCAGGAUCUGCCCGACCCGAUGCGGUUUUUGUCAGCCGGAACAAACCGGGCCGAGCACCGCGCAGCAGCCCCGCGCUCCUACAAACGGCGCAGCGCCGCGCACCUGCAGGCACCGGCGGUCCUGCGCACUCGGCCGCUCGCUGGCGUGGCCCCGCCCCGCGGCACGCGGAUUGGCGAGCGCUGCCGUGCGCAGCAGCGGUUGGUUGGUGCGCCCGUCAGUCCGGCGCGCCCCGUCCCCUCCCUCGGGCCCCCCCCCCUUCGCCGGCUCGGGCCUCGUUCUCAGUGGCUGUAGCGGGCGGGUUGCGGUUCUCUCCUGCUGCUGGGGCGCUGAUAUCGAGAAGGUUCGCGGGCGUCGCCCGGGGCCGCGGCCUCUGGGACAGAUACUUUCUGAAGGAACAUAUUAAACCAAAGAAAUUGAGAAGAUGGGAACUUUGUGGAAGCUUUCCUAGUUCCUUUAGCAGACGGUAUGAAAUGUAAGGAUUUUGAUAUAUUCUACGCUUGUCUAUGGCAUGAUUUGAGGAAUGUCAUGCUUAUAAACAAGAUAAAACUACUCUAUGGUCAGAGGUAUUGAAUCUGAACAGUGGCCUACUGAAGAUGUGCAGCAAAAUGGGUUGAAUGAGUGCAGAUCUACUUUAUUCUGAAUUCUGUUUUUGUCAUGUUGUAUUUCCAGUGCUGGUGGAGCUGAAAAUUUUUGCUUCUUGGUGCGAGCAUGUAUAAAAGGAAUGACUUCAUGGCCAAUGUGAUGGUUGCCUCUGCCACUCCAGAGGGCAGUAGCAGCUCAGAUUCUCUGGAAGGGCGAAGUUCAGAUUAUGCCAAUAAGAGCUAUGAUGCUGUUGUAUUUGAUGUAUUAAAAGUAACUCCUGAGGAGUUUGCUAGCCAAAUUACAUUAAUGGAUAUGCCAGUAUUUAAAGCUAUACAGCCCGAGGAACUAGCCAGCUGUGGGUGGAAUAAGAAAGAAAAGCAUAUCCUUGCUCCAAAUAUUGUUGCCUUCACUAGGAGGUUUAACCAGGUCAGUUUUUGGGUUGUACGAGAAAUAUUAACAGCACAGACCUUAAAAAUAAGGGCAGAAAUACUGAGCCAUUUUGUGAAAACUGCUAAAAAGCUUCUAGAGCUGAAUAAUCUCCAUUCUCUUAUGUCUGUGGUAUCAGCACUGCAAAGUGCACCCAUCUUCAGACUCACCAAAACCUGGGCUCUUUUGAAUCGCAAAGACAAGGCCACUUUUGAGAAGUUAGACUACUUACUUUCUAAAGAGGACAAUUAUAAAAGAACACGAGAGUACAUCAGAAGCUUAAAAAUGGUUCCAAGUAUUCCAUAUUUAGGAAUUUAUCUCUUCGACUUAAUCUACAUUGAUUCUGCAUAUCCUGCUUCAGGCAGCAUUAUGGAAAAUGAACAAAGAUCCAAUCAAAUGAACAAUAUUCUCCGAAUAAUAGCUGAUCUGCAAGUCUCCUGUAACUAUGAACAUCUUACAACACUACCCCAUGUACAGAAGUAUUUGAAGUCUGUCCGUUACAUCGAGGAACUUCAGAAAUUUGUGGAAGAUGACAAUUAUAAAUUAUCAUUAAGAAUUGAGCCAGGUAACAGCUCUCCUCGACUGGUUUCCUCCAAAGAAGAUCUGACAGGUCCAGCUGAAGUGUCAGCAAUUAUGAAAUUCAGCAGGAGACCAACAUGUCCCGACACCUCAGUUGCAGCAAGUCUGUCUACGCCUCCUAUACCAAGGCACAGGAAGAGUCACAGCCUGGGAAACAACAUGAUGUGUCAGUUCAGUGUGGUGGAGAGCAAAAGCGCCACUUUCCCAACAGAGAGGCCGCGCCACCUUCUGGAUGACAGUGUCCUGGAGUCACAGAGCCCGACCCGCAGCCACAUGCUGAACUCGCUUUUCACCAAUGGCAUUUCUAUAGAUAGCAGUGAAAGCUCAGAAUUCAGUGAGGAGCUGCCAUCAGGGCUUGAAAGGGGUCGUUUAUAUGCCACACUGGGGCCAAAUUGGAGAGUGCCAAUCCGGAAUUCUCCCAGGAGUCGAAGCUGUAUCUACAGCCCAACAGGAGCGUGCAGCUGCACAUUAGGUAGUUCCAUGGGAGUAGUUACCAUGGAAGGACCCUUAAGAAGGAAAACAUUGCUCAAAGAAGGCAAGAAACCUACUCUUUCUUCAUGGACUAGAUACUGGAUUAUGCUUUCAGGAUCAAAUCUUCUGUACUUCGGAGCAAAAUCUUUAAGAGGCAAUGAAAGAAAACACUAUAAAUCUACACCUAGUAAAAAGAUCUCCAUUGUAGGCUGGAUGGUGGCACUGCCUGAUGACCCUGAACAUCCUGAUAUUUUUCAGCUAAAUAACCCCGACAAAGGUAAUGUUUACAAGUUCCAGACUGGUUCAAGGUUUCAUGCAAUAUUAUGGCAUAAGCAUUUGGAUGAUGCGUGCAAAAGCAACAAGCCUCAGGUAAGACUGGGAAACCAUCUCUACCUGCUUUUACAUAUUUUGCAGAAAACCCUUAAUAGGAGAUACUUCUUUUAAAUCUGCAUGCACAUACAGUCCUGUGUGGACAAGUCAUUGUGUAUGCUGAUCCAGUUUUUCAAUAGGAGGAAUAAAAAGUAUUUAAAAAUGCAGAGUACCCACCUGAAUUCAAGAUUAGUACCAGUCUACCUAUAAGUUUGGUGACAUUAAUAUAGCCCUGUCUUUACUUCAGAAGGGACUUAAUCAUGAAUGAAGAAAUUAGCCAACAUACUGGCAAUUGAACUGAUGACUGGGUGUAUAAUUACCCUUGAAGAGAGUGUCCUAUAAAAUACUUUAUGUCCUUUAUAUAGCAGCUUCAUUUUUCAGGAAAAAAAAAAAAAAGUUAUUUCUUGAAAAGUUUCCAAGGGCUUAUAUUAAUAGGAUGCUCAACUACUCAGGACAUGUAAUAGGGUACAGCUCAAGAAUCUUGUUUACACAUAUAUGCACAUCCCAUACAUUCUAAUUACUUCUUGGACUGGAUUUGGUCCCCAAGGAGAAAAAUCAUUUGAAGCUUUUAUCUUUCAGUUAUGGUGUUAGCUCUCUUUUGGAUCUGUUUGAGACUGAUGACACUUUCUCAUUGAAUAAUGUAUUAUUGGCCCACUGGAUUUAGAUUACAUAUCAGGGAAAAUUUUCACUCAGAGGGUGGUGAUGCACAGGAACAGGCUGCCCAGAAAGGUUGUGGAUGCCCCAUCCCUGGAGGUGUUCAAGGCCAGGUUGUACGUAGCCCUGGGCAACAUGACCUGGUGCCUGAUUUAGUGGUUGGCAACUCUCUUCCCACGGCAGGAGUGUUGGAACUAGAUAAUCUUUGAGGUCCCUUGCAAUCCAAGCCAUUCUAUGAUUCUAUGAUUUUGAAACCUUGCAGCUUCCCAAUGCUGUAAUAUGCUGAGGAGCAAUAUACUGCUGAAUAAUGUACAUUCUCUUCCAGGCACCUGCUAAUCUAAUGUCAUUUGAAUAAUUUGCUCUUACCUGAUGUGACUUCAAGUGCCAAACUGAAGAAACAAGCUAUUGUUCUCUGAGGAAGAGGAGAAAAUAAUAGUUUUCCUGAUGUAAGCCAGCCACAACUACUUCUGCACUUUCGUGUGUAACUUGAAAGUGAUUCUGACACAGCUUUUAAAAGCAGAAAGUGAAUGUUGUCCUUAGAACCAGAUAUAGUCUCAUGCACUAAGUGGAAGUAGACCAGUUAGAUGGACAGAAGAUUAAUCCUGACUCCUGCAGGAUUCUAGAGUUUUCAACUUUCUGUGGUCGCAGACUGCCUCUGAACUGACGUUUGACCACAAACUGAGCAUCAUAUCUUCUGCCUAUCCUUUUUUAAAUUGCUCUUUUUAUUGUUAAGCUGCUUUAUGUGACUGAAGAACAUUUGGCCCAUGUUGGGUUUCAGUUCUUUAUGAUGCACAAAAUAAUUGACAGUGUUAACUUGCUGCAAAGUGUCAAUUAGGAUAGAAAAUUGUGGAACAACUUUUUUAUAACAUAAGUGCACUGAGUUGCUUUGCAAUGUGGCUGCCUCAGAUUUUAUAUAAAAUCUCUGGACAGUUCUUUUGUUCAAGUUUGAGCUAUGUGGUAAAAAUGUAUUUUGGCACAGAGCAGUCAUUUUUAUUUGGUUACGUUAUUCUGCAAUACCUUGACAAUGAAUUUAAGGUGUAUAGUUUUAAAUUUAAUGUUGUGUUAAAUGUCUUUUUUUGUUUUCUUACUAGCCAUAUAACUGUUACAGUUUGGUUUUGGUUUGCUUGUCCGUUUGUUUUUUAAAUCUGAAUAUUGUUCAUCAUAAAGGGAACUGCUAUUCCUUGAUACAGGGUAGCAGAUAAUCAGGUUGUAUGAUACACAUUGCCCUGACUCCUCAGAAUGGCUCCAUAACAUUAUUUGCUGUUCUCUCUUUCUGUUGGUGACUCAGCAUCACUUAAUUCCAGUACAUGAUGCACUUUUGUGGCAUACAGUCAUGGUACUGCAUUUCUAAAAUCAUAAUGGCAAUGAAAGCUAGGCAAGACUGUCUGGUAGUGCAGCAGUUAUGUAGUAGCCUCUACAUUUAUGUCCACAGAAUUUAAAAGGGAAAAAUAAUAACAACCAGCCUUCUCAUUAUCUGAGCCUGUUUCUGUAAAGGAACUCUUCCUACAUCCAUAGCUGUAUCCCUGCUGUGCCGUAGCACCAAUGUAGUCACAGCUCUUUUCUAUUCCCAUUAUAAGUUCAGUGCUUUUUUGGUUAAAAACUCUUCUGCUGUAAGGCAUUACUAAUUAAACCUUGUUAAUUGUAGGAAGAGGAAAAUCUCCUCUGUGUUUCCUAAGACUGCAUGGAGGAGAGACUUGCAAGCCAAGAUCUAGAUUACAGACCAUGAAAAUUUGAAAGUCAAUUUCAAUAAACAGAGCCUAUAUUAGAUCAGUUUUGCUCAUAUUAGUGGUAUUUGUUCUGUGGCUUUUUGUAAUUUUCUGAAUUUUUAUUUUGAAACUUCGCUAACAACAACAAUCUGUACUGUUGUAUGUAGGUUGACUGUAAUUUUUGUGUUAGUUUGAGUGAUCCUGACAGCUCCUGUGUGUAGGUCCUGGGACAUGAAAAUUUAUGUAAAGUUGACAGAUAUUCUUUGAUGACACGAGCUGUGUUUAAAAAAAAAAAAAAAAAGCAAAGUAUAUUUAUUCUUUUUUUCUCCUUGCUUGUUAAAUUAAGACAGGAAUGGAUCAAGAAAAAUACAAGUAUCUGCAAAGGCAGAACAUCCAGUGCUAUUAAUGUAAAAUGUAAAAGCUUUUGAAUGUAGUGAAUCAGUAAAUCAAUUUAAAAUGUUAGAAUACAUCAUUGGAGUUAUUCUGCACCUGUGUACUUUAGUGAUCAGUUAUCAGCAAGAUUAUUCGUAAGGACACAGGUUACAUGGAUUGCCAUUUCACUGAGUAUGCCACUUAUGGCCAUGUGUAUUCUGUGUUUUUAGCAUCAAUAUGGUUUGAACCGUAUGCAGUUUUGUCACUACUUUAGAUUAUACUUCGACCCUUAAAGCUAGGGAAAACUUCUAAAUCAUUGUGUAGAAAUGUAAUUUUUGUUAAAAGGGCUACUGGAACACUGCCAUAGCAGAAACAUCCCUGCAUUACUGGUUUAAAUGUGAGCUACCAAAAACUACCCCAGAGGAAAUUGGUUCUUUCUUUUAAAUCAUGUCUAAAUGAAUUAUCUCUUCCAGUUGCAAAAUAGGACUUAUUUAUUUCUCUGACUGUGGAAAACUCUAGAAUUCUUGUAAAAUAACAAAAUAAACAAAUCAAAUGUUUCUGUUCUGCAUCAGCAUGCAUUUGGCCAUCAUGAGCAAAGAAGAACUUGUCUGAGACCAUGUCAGAAAACUCACAGAAAGUUUACUGAAAUAAUGGUUAAAAUAUUGCCCAUUAUACUUUUUAGGUUGACUAACAAAUAAAUACCUAGUAAAGAAGAUAUUGUCCACCCAAAUGAAAUCUUAACUGCAAACUUCAAGAACAGUGACCAAAAAGCAACUGUGCGUGUAAUGUUUUAUUAAGUUACUUUAUCGGUAAACCAUUCUCCUCUUAAAAGGGAAUAACUAAUCUGUCUUAAAUGUAGGUUAAAUUCAAAAUGGAACACUUAAUGGCAUAAUGAAUAUGCGUUAGAAGCAUGUAAGCAAUCAUUCAUUUCUGGUCUGAUGUAGUGGAAGACAACACCAGUGACAUAUUGUACAGUGUACUGGAGUUGAGAUAAACCAGUAGAUGUCACAACAACUUUCAGUUAUGUCUGACACGUCUUCCCUUGGAAAGAGGAAUGAUUGCCUGUACACAUUCAGAAUUUAAUAACGUUUUAGGUUUUAUGUGUCUCAAAAGUGUUGCAUAUGUUACUGUAAAAUUCCUCAAAAAUAUGAUUUUACUCAAAAUUAUGUGCCAUAGAGCCUUUUGGACAAGUUAGAAAAGGAUCAAUUUUCAUUUCUUUUAAAGCAGAUUCCUAAAUAAAAACAUAAUGCCUUUGAUAGAAAGAUUGCAAAAUGGUGUGCCAUGAAUAGGUGGAAACACUUAUAAAUGAUUAUUACACCCAUUUAUUUAUCAGAGAAAUAUAUAUGUGGAGAAACAAAACCCUUCAAAUAAUACUACUCAAAACCUUGGAAUUUGGAAAUGUGUCAGAAAAGUGUGAACUCCUUCACGUUAUUAUCAUUUGAAAGUAAAAAAGCUUAUAGAAGGGAGGUGAACAUAGUAGAUAGAUAAUACAUGAUAGUCACCUUUUCAGUAUAGCACAAUUGUGAAAUGGCUAAACAAUAUGAAUAAAUAAAUCAGACUAAUGAAGCAGUGUAAUAAUAUUGUUAAAAUAUCUUGAUCCAAUAUUAGAUGAGUUUAUGAGUAGCUAAUGGAUAAAAGUUUUUUGUUGUCAUUUGAUACCAUUUCCUCUCAUCAGACACUUUUAAUGUUAAUUGAAAGCUGCUGUUGGCACACUUGCAAAUAAGUACUGAUUAAUACAGCAUUUUCUCAGAAAUAUCACAAACCAUGUAAGUUUUCAUCCAAAGAAAAACUGCAGCAGUUGUAGAGAAAUACAUAUUAUCUCAGAUUGACUGUUCCCAAACUUGUGAAGAUAUAAAAUGUAUUUAGGCAAUAUUAUUCCCUUACUUAUCUGCAAUCUCAAUGUUAGUAAGUGCCAAAAUACAUGUUUGUCCAAAUAGCACUAAAAUGAGGCAAAGGCAGUAGUUUUCAAAUUGCAACUUACUUGUCAUAUUAUAGUCUAAACAAAUUUCAACAUUUUAGUUUGUUUUGUGUGAAAACUGUUGCACUAUUUUUGGCCGUAUUUUCCGGCAGUCCACUGCAUGCUGUUUGUGUAAGAAUUAUUUCUACAAUUCUUGUGAAAUGUCUCAUCUGUAAUAACCACUAAACUCUAGCAUUGGAAUCUAGAUUUUUGGCAAAGUAUUUUGUUACCUCAGUCUUGUAUCGAUAUGCUGUAUUUUUCAGCUUGUUACAUUGAUAAUGUUUGUUUCAUUAAUUAAAUAAUGUAAAAAAAAAGAAAAGAAAAAAAAGAGAUUGUUUACUUUGAAAGCAAUUGCGAUUGGUUGUAAAUUCAAAGAUGUGCAAAGUAUGUAUGCCAUUACCAAUAAAAUAUUUUGAAAAA